CACUUCCGCAUCAAACAGCGUGUGUCUGUGCUGCUCCGUCCAUUCAGAGACAUGAUCUGUCUCUUCCUGUCCGUCCUCGCUCACGUCUUCCAGUCAGCGUGGACUGGGGUGAAUGAGCGAACCUUCAUCGCUGUGAAACCCGAUGGCGUGCAGCGGAAGCUCGUUGGCGAAAUUGUGCGGCGCUUCGAGAGGAAAGGGUUCAAGCUGGUCGGCCUCAAACUGAUGCAGGCGUCGGAGGAGCUCCUCAGGGAACAUUACUCUGAGCUGAGGAGCAAACCCUUCUUCAGAGGACUGAUCGCCUACAUGAGCUCAGGACCAGUCGUUGCAAUGGUGUGGCAGGGUCUGGACGUGGCGAAGACCGCCCGUAAGAUGUUGGGAGAGACCAACCCUGCGGACUCGCUGCCAGGAACCAUCCGAGGAGACUACUGCGUGGAAGUGGGCAGGAACGUGAUCCACGGCAGCGACUCUGUGGAAAGCGCCCAGAGGGAAAUUGCUCUGUGGUUUCGUCAGAACGAGCUUCACUGCUGGGAGGACAACUGCAACCACUGGAUCUACAACUGAUCUCUGAAAUCCACUCUCUGUAAACCGUCCUGUUGGUAAACCAGUGUUUUUUUUUUCUUCUUUUUGUUAAGUCUCAGUACAAGAAGGAUCACAUUGUACCUCAGAGGACGAUUUUGGCUUAAGUAGCUCGUAGCUACAGGAGAGAUGCUGCAUCAUCGCUGCCUUGUUUUCCCCCCCAUUCAUUUAAAAAUAGAAUCUAUAUGAAGUGUGUUUGAAAUGAUUCCUCAAAGCAAAAGUGCACAAAAUAACCAAAAACAUGACUGUUACAGUUUUCAGUGUAGAUUCUGAUGAGUGCAAGACACUAGCUCAGAAAUGGGUUUUUAAAGCAAUAAGCUUGUUGCAAUAAAUGUUCACGAAUUGUAACAAUUGAUCCCAAAGAUCUCAGGUGAAGUUACAGGAAACAUCAAAUCACAGCUCUGUUGUUUUGAUUCUUUGUAUUUAAAGUGAAAAAUCAGCCACAUGUAACGAAAAUCCCCAAAACGUUGAAGAAAGUAAUAAUAAACGUUACCCGGCACCAUUAUUGCACAUUCACAGUUUUUCAGUUUCCUGUAACUUCAAUUUCUGUAAGAAUGUAAAAACAGUCCGAUCACUCUAACAAAAACUUGAAUACAGUCGUUGAUAUAGCUUUUAAAAUAUGAUGUGUAAAUCGUCUUGUUUAAGACGCUGAAUGAAGUUUGCGAAUAUCUUUUUAUAAAACAUGUCAUUUUCCCAUCAUGUUGUCACAUUCAUGCUUUUUUAAAACACUAUAAUGAUGCUCAGUUGAUUGUAUUGGACCUGCUGAAGAAAAUAAAUCUAAAUUUAAAAAA